AUUUCCGGUUUCAUUUUUUCCGCGUCAGUAGCUCUUAUCGGUUGUUUCGAUAGCCGAUGCACAAUGCUGCGUUCUCCAUUUGCUGUAUUGUUCUGUUUAAUUUGUGCUGUAUCAGCUACAGGGCUCGUUCAUGAAUGUAAUUUUGAUGGCGAGAAAACUAAAGCAGUAGCUCUUCAAAAUCUGUCCUCUUUUAGCACUUCCAAUUCGGUGAUGUUCUCCCACACACUUCCGUCAACGAGAACACUGUCUCACUCAUGUGUUGUAACAACGGAGGAUAAAGAUAGUUUUCUUUACGUGAAAGCAAAGACCUCUGGAGAGAAAAAUGGGACUCUUCACAUGACAGUGUACGGUGAAGACGAAUUAUCCGCUUCUGGCCAUCUUGACACUGCUGCGUCGCAUGUUUGGAGCACGUCAAUUUCAUGUCCAAAGUCUUCCGGCCAGAAAUAUUCAGUGUUACUUACUGGAACUCCAGGCUUAAGAUACACGGUGGAAAUCUCUAAAAAUGUCUCGUCUAUAGAUCUCGACCAACCAAAGAGUUUUCGGAUUUCAAGCACUCAACCAGCAGUAUUUCAGUUCAAACCUAGCUCGGAUAUUUCAGAAAAACAACUUGAGAUAACUGUGGAAUCUAGCUCUGAUAUCUCAGCUUAUUUAAAAGUGUCACAUACAUGCAAGGAUGUAGUGAAGAAUAUGAAAGAACUGGAAUACGAUAAAAAAUCAUUGAGGCUGUCAUUUGCGAAAAAGGGCCAAAUCACUCUCUCAAAAGCAUCGUCACCGCCUCUUAAUGAUAGCGGUUUCCCUUGGUUCAUAGGCAUCGCGAUAAAGAGCAAAUCUGAAACAAAAUCUAAAAACGUGACACUGAUUCUAAAAAGCUCGUUUGAUUAUGACUACGCAACUCCGUUCUAUUUCUUAAUAUUUUUGUCGUUUUUUGGUGGUAUUGCAGUGGCGCUAUGGGCGUUAUUUUGCUUCAGGGAGCCAUAUAUACUCGCUACGGAGGAUGAACAAACUGACGACACAGUCAGCUUUUCGGCAUCCAUGGUGGGUAGUCACCGUAUUAAAGACAAUCUUAAGAGCCUGUUUUCAUCUUGCUGGAGCAAGAAAGAGAACGAAGAAGGCGAUGAAUUACGACCAUUGUUACGUAGAAAAAGGGACAGAAACCCUUUGACUUGGAAGGAAUUAUCUAUGGCAAUGAAAAUAGUGCUGUUUAACCACUGGUUCGCCCAAGGACCCAAAACGUUCUCUUACACCACCUGUAUUGUCGGUUUCGUUCUAUUAGUUGGAUCAUUCCAGUAUGUCUUCGAAGACUGGCAACUCAUGAUACAGACAGGCGACAGGGACAAAUGUUAUUACAAUGACUUUUGUUAUAGAGUCAGUGGAUAUGACAUUCCCUUUAACCUCAUGAUAAGUAACCUGGUUUACAUGAUUCACGGCUUAAUCCUGGCCUGGUCGGUGUGGGUGAUGGAAGCUGAGUUAUUCGCCUGGUGCCACAAGCUUGCGCGUAGGAACCAACCGCCAAACAUUCGUCUUCCUCCAGGCCAAGUCGAGUUACCGAAACACAUCUUGAAAUGCCCCAACAUCAACGCUCACAUGGCAAAAAUGACUGUUCCUUAUUUUCACACCAACAGUGUAGAAGAAGCGAUAAUGUUGCAUGCACAAUCGCAUAAAAGAAAGUUCACCUUUUCAAUAGGGUACGCUUUAGCGUGGGGGCUGAUUUUUGAGGGCUGUUUUUCCAUGCUCUAUCACUUUUGUCCGACCCGGUUGACUUUCCAGUUCGAUACAGCUUUUAUGUUUGUCAUUUCAGGAUUGAUUGUGUUGUCAUUGUAUAACGGAAUCAGCUACAAAGAGUGCGUUGUCGGAAAAAGAUUUGAAAAGCCUGUACAAGCCAACAAUUUUUUCCUUUUCUUUUUAGUUCCACUGUAUAUUUUCAACUACUUUGGCUCUCUGUUCUAUUAUUCCCCUGACAGUAUGGGUUUGGUCAUGAAAAUCACAUUUGUAAUCUGUUUGGUUUUUUAUUACAUCAGUAUUCUUUCUUGGGUGGGAAUAAAAUUAUUUUACAACGUUUCGAGAAAAAGUGAUCUCAGAAAACGGGAUGAGGUUAUUAAGGCUGUGAUGUUUUUUGCGAUUCUAGUUAUUGUAUGUAUAGCUCUUCCAUUGUAUUAUGGGAUCAAGUUUGAUUUCCCAGACAUGUUCUUAUUCAGCUGUAUCUCAGCUUGUCUGCUUGCUGUCACAGGUAAAGUUUUGCUUCAGUUCUUUCGGAACACCCGUCGUUGUUGCACAUUUCAAACAUUCAUUUUCCGCUUUUUCCAAGCCUCCUAUAUUCUAGUCACGCUAGGGUUUAUGGGUACUGCGGUUUGGAUUUUUACCGCCAAGGCUACAACAGACAAGACCCUUUCUCCUGAAAAAUCACGUGAUCUUAACAGGAGCUGUGCAGUCGUGAAUUUUUUUGACUUUCACGAUUUAUGGCAUAUCUUAUCCUCAUUUUCCCUCCUGAUGGGAGCAUAUUUAAUGUUGUAUUUAAGUGAAUAAGUCAUUCAAGGCAAGAACUCAUUAAAUAUCAUGAACUGCACAAAGACUAAUUUAACCUUGUGGGAAUACGGUAUGGCUUGUAAGAAUUAGAAUAGAUUAAAUUGAAGUAAUUCCUUAUUUAGAAGUAGCUUAUUGGACGGGAGGCGAGUUUAGUUGAGAAAUAGCCCAUAUUUUAUAAGAGAACUAUUUUGGCUUUGUUACUUUGUACUGCUUUCUUGUUUGAAGGAGAGAUGACAUUUUGAUCAAAGUUACUUAAGUUUUAAAGUAGUUUUAAAUGAUAUUGUAAAUUUUUCAAAUUACGUCGAUAGAUCAACAAAGUAUGUUAUGGGAAUUUGUCAAGUACUGAUGCCCUUGAAGAUAAUAUUGUAGAAUAUGUGUUGUUAACAGCAACGUAAAAUACGCUUAAAUUAAACCUGCAUUAAAAUUUUGUUUAAUGAUGAUUUUCAAAAUAAAAUUUAAAAAGAAUUCCUUCAA